UUUCGAUUGCCACAAAAUUUAACAUUCAUAAAAAUGGCUAAACCUGUGGAUCUUGAACUAAAGAAAGCUUUUAUAGAAUUACAAGCUAAAAUGAUAGAGACGAGUAAGAAGAUUCAGAUUAUAGAUUCGCAAAUAGGUAUGCUAAAACGCGUUUUGGCACAUGUCGAUAUUACUCAGAACGAGAUCACGAAGUUACCACCUGGUACAAAGACUUAUGAAUCUGUAGGGAGAAUGUUUCUGUUUAACGAUUUGGAAGAAGUUAAGAAAAACCUCAAAAAUCGAGAAAUGCAACUAUCAGCUCGUACCACAGAAUUGGAGAAUAACAAACAGUACUUGGAGAAAAAUUUGAAAGAGAGCGAAGACAACAUCAGAGAAAUGGUACAGCAGCGGAAAGAACAAAUAGAAAUUAAGACUAAUUAGUAUGUGUGGAUGUUGCUCAUGGAAUAUUCAUUUUUGUAAGAUGUAAUCAGUAAUUACCAGAGCUAUGAGUAAUUUCAAGUAAUCAGCUUAGAGCCCUUGUAACAACCAGUGUGCUUUGCUUUGUAAUUUACGUUAUUAUUUUAACAUUAUAAUAUUUUUGCUAUUGAAGUAAAUUAAUUGUGGAUACCAUUGUUCAUCUGUUAUGAUCAGUGGUCGUAAUAGAUAGACUAUAUUUACAUAUACUUUGAAGAACAUAGACGAAAAUUGGAGACUCCUUACUACAACAUUUAUUUGUUCCCAAUUUUUUCGGGAUUCAGGACAUCUCUUAAGUACAUUAAAAAUAAACAUUAUUUGAGAUAGGUAGGUAGACUAAAUUUAUCUAUUAUUAUCAUUGACUUAUAAAUAAAUGGACGACGGGUCUAAUACAAAAACCACGAAAAAAAUGUCCCAAGUCAACCUAUUCCAAAUUUAAAUUGUAAUGUCAUCGCAGU